AUGCCGGCAUAUUCAGCAUUCCUUGUAAUACAUAUCAUAUUCGCCGCAGUGGCUAUUCCGCUACUCUGCUACUCGUUGUAUAAACUAUACAGAUCAAAACCGUUCAAUACAAAAUGGACAUUAUCUCACAUCUAUCUUACUUCACUGCUAAUAACAAUAUUCUGUCUGCCUACCUCACUCGUACAUGGGACUAACUUGUUUGUACUUUCGCCGGCUGACAAAAAUACAACCGUUGUAAAUAUUGCCGAUAAAAUCCUUCCGGCCCAUUCGCCUCUAUGUGUGAUUCAAGCCCAGGUUCUCUCGUUCCUUCUUUCGCCAUAUAUCCUACUACCUGUCCUCUUGUCUUUCUACACGUUCAACGCAAUACGGAAAAAUAAAGCUUCUCUCGAAUCACAGAGUUUUAAGUAUGCAGCUAUCGCUAUAUGGGGACUUGGAGGUGUGAUCUUGAUUGGAAAUAUCCUUUCGUGGCAUUCUCAAAUAACUCAAGAGGAAAACACGCAUCAUAAUCACGACCUUACGAGAAGAAAUGAAUCUGAGGGAAUACAAGCAAGAGGAUGGAUCCUCGUGGGAAUUUACCUCCUUUUGAUUCUUGGCGGUACAUACGACGGGAUGUAUAGCGAGGAGAGUGAAGAACUGACUGGGAAGGAUGGGUUAGAGGAUGGAAGCAUUACAGUCAGUGAGCUGAGGUUUACGUAUUUCGUGUAA